CCCACUGUCAUCAUCAAGAAUCUAAUAUCAGCCACCACGUUGGAGAUGACUUUUAAUUAACUUUCCAGCAAAACAACACUCUUGAGCUCUGCAAGAGUUCUACCCAACUGGCUUUUAAUGCUUUUGACUAAUUUCCGGAACACAACAGGAGAACUGAUGACGAAAAACGAUUCAACGUGGCCAGCCUAGCUUGAAAUGAUAUAAAGGCGGACGAUACGAUCUCCGAGUCAGAACAGCGAAGCAAGAGCUCUGGGAAAGAAACUCAUCCACGAAGCUGACGCUUAGCACCUCCUGGAAGACCUUCACCAUGAGACAGUCACUCAUGCCCGUCAUCUUCGCCGCAGCUCUCCUCUUUGAGUGCUACGCACUGUCAGCGGGGUUACCCAUGGGCAAGACCGAAGACAGCUCCUUGGAGCAGGAUACCUUCACCCCUCUGCUGAGUGACGAGGUGACAGAAAACGGCCUCGGCGAGGUGGAUCUGGCCACCGCGGGCAAAACCAGGGCCCCGAGGGUAAUCGUCGUCGCUGAUCCAAGCCUGUGGAGGGACCUGCGCUCGCUUCACAGUGGACUGUCCCUCUACAAAAGGAGAGCUGACGACACCAGCCAGAUCAUCGAUCACAGAGGCCAGGACCUGAACAUCCCCAUCCUGAGGAGAGACACGAUGAGGUGCAUGGUGGGACGGGUUUACCGGCCAUGCUGGGAGGUCUAG